AUGUUACCUACAUUUGCGGUGUGUUUUUGGGCAACGACCGCGUUGGCGGCGUGCAGCACGAGGACUAGGGUGCACUACGUACGUUCCGAUGACAGGUCACGGCGCGGAGACCAGUAUUACCCGGAAAGUUAUUACCCGGAAAGGUUACAGUCACGAGCAUCAUCCAUUUUCGGACCUUCCAUUCAGACCUCAGCGGCCGGGUUCCCGUACCGGUUCGUCUUUCCAGCCAAUCACCCAGCUCUGAGUGGUUCCAUGUACUCGCAGUUCGCUCAAAACCCGCACCAGCCCGAACCCGCGGGGUACUCGGCCGAGGACCUUUUUGGGCCACAACCGACGGCCAAACAGCAUCCGCUGUCUGAUCUCAAACACCGCCAGCAUCAGCAACAACAACAGCAACAAAACCAGCACCAGCAACAGCAACAGCAAAUCGGCUACGAGUCUAUGGCUAAAAUGCAAUAUGACUUCCUCGGGGGCGGUGGUGGUGGUAAAAUACAAGCGCAACAGCAACCCUCUGCAACUUACCAUCACCACCUGAUCAAACAGCCAAAACACUAUCAGAGCUACGAACUGGCGCCUAACGUGCUGCAGCAAUCUCUGCAUCAGUCACCUUAUCCAUCGUCACCUUCCAUCGGUCAGCCGAUUAUGCUGCUCAUACCUUCUUCCGGCCAGCCCGGCGCCCCAUAUCAGACUCUGGUACUGGUCCCAUCGUCAGGGUCACCAUCCCCGCUUCCGGCACCCGUACCCCUAUUUCCGGGUUUCCACCAACAGGUCCAGCACCAGCAUGGUCCACCCGGUCAGCAGUUUGUGCAACAGUCCGGCGGUUUCGUAACCACACACCCUCGUGGUCCUCCACUCGUCGCCGGCUUUCCGUCCGGUCUCGGCGGUGGAGGCUUCGGUGGGGGCCUAGGCUUGGGCGGCAGCGGUGUCUCCGGUCUUGGAAAGUUCCCAGGGGCGCAACUGUUCCACCGGUCACAUGAACCACUCCCGAAACAUCCGAACCACCAACAACACCAGCACAAGGCGUCGUCGUCGUCGUCGAUACCAUUGCUGCAGCCGACGUCGUACCAAGGUUCCGGGUCGACGCACGUGUCGCACACCACGGCUGCUGGAUCGGCGGCGCAACAACCGCUCGAGGACAAGGUUGGCCAAGGUACCGGGACGUCCGGUGAAAAAUCUGACGACCGUGACGACGAUGGCAGAGACGGCAUUAGUGGCAGCGGUGAAACCAAAAGUGAAGAAAAGUCACCCGAGUUCGGUGACAAGACCACUGUAAAACCCAUCAAACCCAUCAAACGGAUCGUGGUCACGUGA